CGGUUUCUUUUUCUAAAGCGUUUUUCCAACAGAAUCCGACUAAUGAAUACACCCCCGAGGUUCAAUCAAAUCCGCAAUCUCAUGUUUUACUGAACGAAGAAAGGCUACUUGCAGGGCGAGCUGACACUUCCUCUAGCGUUGGCAACAUCCGGAUUCCAGUCGAGAUGGUCAUGGCGGAGGGUGCAGCUGUUAUGAGGAGGAAUCGACCAGGGACUAAGGAAAAGGACUUCUACAACUGGCCCGAUGAGUCAUUCGAGGAGAUGGACAGCACACUGGCUGUGCAGCAGUACAUCCAACAGAACAUCCGUACAGACUGCUCCAACAUGGACAAGAUCCUGGAGCCCCCAGAGGGUCAGGAUGAAGGGGUCUGGAAGUACGAACACCUCAGGCAGUUCUGUUUGGAGCUGAACGGACUUGCUGUGAAACUACAGGGAGAAUGCCACCCAGACACAUGCACCCAGAUGACGGCAACAGAGCAGUGGAUCUUCCUCUGCGCUGCACACAAGACUCCCAAAGAGUGUCCAGCCAUCGACUACACCAGACACACUCUGGACGGAGCCGCCUGCCUCCUCAACAGUAACAAGUACUUCCCUAGCAGAGUGAGCAUUAAAGAAUCCUCAGUAGGGAAACUGGGUUCAGUUUGUCGACGGAUCUACAGGAUAUUCUCCCACGCUUACUUCCACCAUCGUCAGAUCUUUGACAAGUAUGAGAACGAGACGUUCCUGUGCCAUCGGUUCACGCGCUUCGUGAUGAAGUACAACCUGAUGUCCAAGGACAACCUGAUCGUACCCAUCAUGGAGGAUGAGACUAACCCUAACGAAGCAGAGGGCGAGAACGACGCCUGAGGACUGGGAUCUGAAGAGGAUCUGCUACACCCUGCCAAACUAUUUCAAACACAUGGCUGUUACACACACACACACACAACUACACAAUACUCUCAAAAGCACACUAAAAUCACCAGUUUAAGUAGAAUAUUUUCAAUAUUGUAUGAACAUCCUAAUUUAGCUUGUAUGUUUCAGAGAACAAGACAAUGUUGUGGUUAAAUGACUAACCAAUAUACACUGUGGCCAGUUAAUUAGGUACACCCAUCUAGUACCGGGUCAGACCCCGCUUUGCCACCAAAACAACCUGAAUCCUUCAGGGCAUGGAUUCUACAAGGUGUCGGAAACGUUCCACGUGGAUAUCGGUCCAUGCAGACGGGAUGGCAUCACGCAGUAGCUGCAGAUUGGACGGCGGUACAUUGAUGCUGUGAACAGCCCGGUCUACCUCAUCCCAAAGAUGCUCUCUAUUGGGUUUGGUCAGCAACAGUGUUCAGAUACGCUGUGGCGUUCAAUCGUUGCUAAAUUGGUAUCAAGGGACCUAACGUGUGCCAGGAAAAUGUUCCCCACACCAGUACCCUACCGGCACCAGCCUGUACCGUUGACACCAGGUAGGAUGGGUCAACGCACUCCUGCUGUUUACUCCAGAACCCAACUCUGUCAUCAGCAUGAACCGGGAUUCGUCAGACCAGGCACGGUGUUUCCACUCCUCAAUUGUCCAGUGUUGGUAAUUGCGUUCCCACUAGUGCUUCUUCUUUGUUUUAGCUGAUAGGAGUGGAACCCCGUGUGGUCGUCUGCUACAAUAGCCCAUCCGUGACAAGGAUCGACUAGUUGUGCGUUCUGAAAUGCCGUUCUGCACAUCACUGUUGUACUGCGCCGUUAUUUGCCAGUUAGUGGCCAGCCUGUUAGCUUGCAUGAUUCUUGCCAUUCUCCUUCGACCUCUCAUCAACGAGCUGUUUUCACUCACAGGGCUGCCGCUGACUGGAUCAUUUUUGUUUGUCGCACCAUUCGCGGUAAACUCUAGACAAUGUCGUGCGUGAAAGAGGCCGGCCUCCUGGGAUUUUCAGAGAUAUUGGAUCCGGCGCACCUAGCACAGACGAUCAUACCACGCUCAAAGUCACUUAGGUCUCUAGUUUUACACAUUCUAGCAUUCAAUCAAACAGUUACUGAAUGGCUCGAUGCCUGUCUGCCUGCUUUAUAGACCAAGCCACAGCCACGUGACUCACUGUCUGUAGGAGCGAAUCAUUUUGGUGAACAGGGUGGUGUACCUGAUAAACUGUGAGACACCCUUGGCUAGUUACUUUAUCAUGUGCUUUCUGUUUGGUCCUUAGGCAGCGUUUACACAGGCAACCAAAUUCUUAUGGGCAAAAUAAUUGCUCUGCUUGGUCAAAAGACCAAUUGGUGGCAAAAGAUCAUAAUUGGGCUGUCUGUGUAAACGAAGCCUUUGUUGUGUUCUAGGUGUCAGGAACUCUGGUCUAAUGUAGAGCUACAAGUUAAUAUAACAGGUAUUUAAUAAACAGCCUACAUUAUACAGGUUGAUAUAACAGGUAUUUAAUAAACAGCCUACAUUAUACAGGUUGAUAUAACAGGUAUUUAAUAGUCCAUUAUUUCUGACUAUACUGUAUAUAGCACCACGUCAGUCUUCCAUCCUAGAUUAAGGAAGUGGAAGGGCAUGAUUAAUUGAAGACUAUAACAAAAAAUGGGUUGUAGGGUUUUAGUCCACUAAUGACUGAGUUUAGGAUUAGGGGAAGGGAAGCUGAUCCUAGAUCAGCUGAGGUUAGGAUUAGGGGAAGGGAAGCUGAUCCUAGAUCAACUGAGGUUAGGAUUAGGGGAAGCUGAUCCUAGAUCAGCUGAGGUUAGGAUUAGGGGAGGGAAGCUGAUCCUAGAUCAGCUGAGGUUAGGAUUAGGGGAGGGAAGCUGAUCCUAGAUCAGCUGAGGUUAGGAUUAGGGGAGGGAAGCUGAUCCUAGAUCAGCUGAGGUUAGGCUUAGGGGAAGGGAAGCUGAUCUGCACCUAGGGGAAGCUUUAACCCAGAGCCAAAAACUGCAUCAUUGCCGCAGGAUAGCCUGUUUACUGGGCCAGAGUUCCUACAUCUUUGACACUACAGACUGUUUUCCUAAUAACUUGUUUCUAUAGAAGGGGACGGGGGUGUUUAUGUUCAUGCCAACAAUCUCUCACUGUAUUUAUUUAAAAGAAAGGAAUUUGAUGUUUUAUUAGUGAAUAUUAAUUAAUGACAGCUACUCAGAAAUGCCUUAGGUUUUCAAAGCACAAGUAUGUCUCAUUCACUUUCUAUAUUCUUGUGAUUAACUAUUACUCAGGCAACACAACGAUGUGUUUGACUGUGUUGCCAUUUUGUCCCUGGUGGAUAUCUAUUCACUGUUUCUUAUUAAAAUAUCAGAUAUAUUUACAA